AUGUCGGACAAAAUUGUCGUCGCGUUUGAUAUGUACGGCACAUUGUUGUCUACAGACUCGAUUGUGAGACAACUGGACACGCAUGUUGGUCCUACUCAGGCAUCAUCUAUCUCCGCACUUUGGCGCCGAUACCAGCUUGAGUACACAUGGAGAUUGAAUAGCAUGGACAAAUACGAAGAUUUUUCAACUGUCACCCGCAACUCGCUGCGACAGGCAUUAUCCGAGCAUGGUCAACAGCUACCGGACACUGGCAUCGAUGAUUUAUUGGAAGCGUACGACCGUCUAUACACUUUCCCGGAUGUAAGCCCGGCGCUUAACCGAAUCGCAAAUGACCCGACCCUUCAUGCCGUCAUAUUCUCCAAUGGCACGAAGAAUAUGAUCUCAAAAUCAGUCCUACACUCUCCAGACUUAUCCCAGCACGCCAAAGUAUUCCAAGCCUUGGUCACUGUGGAUGACGUGAAAGCGUAUAAGCCUUCACCUGCUAGCUAUCAGCAUUGUGCCCGAACCGUCGGCAAGCAGCCUUCUCAAAUGAAUGAGAUGUGGCUUAUUAGUUGCAACGCGUGGGAUGUUGUCGGGGCGCGCAGUGCUGGUAUGAAUGCAAUUUGGAUCGACCGCGCUGGGAAAGGGUGGCAGGAUGCUGCUGUGCCGGAGCUAAGGCCGACAGCGAUUGUGCGUAGCUUGGAACAUAUCGUCAAUGAGAUCAAGAGAAGACACGAAUAG